AAUUUCCGGUUCAUCUGGUAAUUUCACUGCAAAAUUUAACUUCAGAUCAAGCAGAGAGAAAGCAGAGGGAGAGAUAUGGCGGGAUUACUGGCCUGGGCGGCAGAUGUCGUGGGAGCCCACAAAGACGAUGAACACCAAGACGCCAAUGAUUCAAUCCCUAUUCUCUUCACACCAGAACAGCAAAACUACGUUCAACAACUUGACCGAAAGGCCGCCUCUCUCAGCCGUUCGAUUCAAGAUCUGCGCCUCAGAUUGCCUCCCCCUGAUAUCGCCCAACGCCUCCCUCACAUUCACGCUCAUUCCCUUGCCUCCAAUGCUGCUCUUGCCCUCCAGCUCAACUCUCACUCUGCUACUCGUGAACAGGCCCAAUUGAGAGAGGUUAUGUUGCAGGAAGAAAAUGCUGCAUAUGAAAAGGCCAUAUCAAGUUGCGAAAGUAAAAUACAAGAGAAAAUUCAGGAAGCAAAUUCACUUCAAAGAAAGUUAAAGGAGAUGGAUGAAAUUGAAAAAAAAUUGGUGGCUGAGCUGGAAAGCAAGCAAAACACAUUGCUAGCCAGCAACCAGAGACAGCUUGUUGAAUCUGCUGAGGAAUCCAAAAAAGCAGAUGAAUCUGGAGAAGAUAGAGAAGUUCAAAAGUCUUCAUUUAUGAAGAAAUUAGAAGACAAGAAAAAGGAAUUGAGUUCAAUGGAAGAGGUAGUUCAGGAAUUGGAGAAAAAGUGGGUUCAAGUUCAGCAUGAUGCACUGAAGCAGCCGUCCCCAGCUCAGAGAGAAAAGAUGUUAGACAAACAGCUUCACAGCCUCAUUGCGCAACUAGCAGUGAAACAGGCACAAGCAGAAGGUUUGGUUGGUGAAAUCCAUUUGAAAGAAAUGGAACUAGAAAGAUUGAAUGGUUUGUGGAGAAGAACCGAAAGCAGCAAUUCAGAAGCGAGAAACCGGUUUGGAAAGAGCAAUUCUGGGAAAGGAUCUUCUUCAGCAGAUUUUAUCGGUGAUGCUUAUAACAAACUUCCUUAUUACACUGGCGGCCUGAGUGAGAGCCAGCAGAAGCUCAUGCUACUCAGGUCGGCUUUUGUGCUCUACAUUUUAGUUUUGCACAUUGCUGUCUUCAUCAAGAUUUCAUUCUAAAGAAAAUCCCUAGUAAUACAUACUAAAUAGAUCUUAACAAUAAUCAAUUAGUGAAAAAGUGAUGUAAAUUUUUUUGAUUGUACUAUACUCUAAAUUCUUUCAAAAAGUUCUGUACAUUAAUGUAAUUCCUAGAAGCAUUGAAAAAUAAGUCACCCUCUUCCUAUGUUCUCUUUCA